AUGAGGACAAUGCCCAAGAUUCCCGUCCCGGCAAAAGGGAGGAAGGACUGCGGAACUUCAGCGGCAACAUUUUGUUAUGGGCUUUGUAUUUCCAUGGACGUGUCAGCUAGAAAAUGUAGCUAG